AUGGAGACCGCGAAAUGCAUCCUUGACCCUUUGAGCGACAUGCCUCCGCUCAGAGACGUGGCCAUUAAUCUUGGACAUUUUCUCACGGGUAUCGAAGACUCUGAUUCCAGGUCAUUCAUACGAAACGCUGCAAAGGGUCUACUAGGUGAAAAUAUAAAGAAAUCACCAUUCCGCUUCAUGAGCCUCCCGCUCGAGCUACAGAUCCAGAUCCUGCAACAAACGCCCUUGGUAGCUGACGAAAACGUUCAUUUCAGGCCAAAUCAGGUUUACCGCCCCGGCAACUUCAGAAAAACUUGUUCUAUGAAGCGGCUCUACCCUAAAUAUGGCGAGGACCGUCUCUCCCAGCCCAUGGCUAGUACAGCCAGCUUCUGCUCUUGGGAGUAUCCUAACGCCUUCAGUCAGCAUUGCGAGUGUGAUAAUUUCCCGCCAGAAGCAUACUUCCAAGUGAGCAAGGAUUUUUCUUACAUCGCGCGACACGUGUUCUAUUCGAGCAACAGGCUUUGUUUCCCCCCUGUAAAGAGAAAUGGCCGGUAUAGAAUUGCUACUGACGGCGGUCAUCAUCUUACUCUGCCCCCUUUCCUCCGCCGCAUCCCGCUUGAAAGCUUAUGGAGCCUUCGAAACCUCUGCGUCAUCUUCCCUCCUUGUUCUCCGGACUACCUAUUGCCAGAUGAACCUGACUGGCACGCGUGGGUUGAGUCCAUCCAGCGUCUCUCUCAUCUGGCAGACCUGUCACGCCUGAGACUUGAGGUUCACUUCGGUGACCUGUACUCUGUGCCCUCAGUAUCUGGGCUGCUAUUCGAUUUUUAUAGUGAGAAUCAGAAUAAUAUGAUUAUUAAUCACACGAGUGCGUGGGGGCGCAGUGAUGAGAGUAUGAAGAUGAAGAAGGCCAUCCUCAAUACCUAUAAGCGUAUGCUUGAGCCUCUGAAGAAGCUGGACUGCAAGCUGCUCUCUCUGCAAGUCUAUCUCUCGUGGUCUCUACUUGAUAUUGGUCAUGAGGAACGCAAGGGAUAUGAGCGAUCUUUGGAGAAGAUGAUUAUGGGCGACGAGUAUGAUUCGGCAAAAUCGGGGAAACGUGCCAGGAGCGAGUUUAUAUGA